AUGCCUACCUUUUUGGAACUCACUCAUCUUCAAACGGCCAGCGUGAAGCUGCUUGCUGUUCCGGUGAAGAAGACGGAGCCGGAGCCCAUGCCGAGGAAAGCAAAGGAAAACAUCAUGAAAGCCUUUGAUUUAAUCCUUACCGCAGCUGAUGAAAAGAAGCCCGAAGAUUGGAUCUUGGCGAUUCACCUUGCUGGAACUAGUCUUUCCGAGGAAGAUGAGAUUUGGAUCGGAGGCCGCAUUAGAUCGCGCCAAGCUGAAGUUUUGAUCUCUUCCCCGGAACUGGUUGUUGUCAAGACCAAAGGUGGCAACACGAUCAAGGUUCACUUCAUUGGCGUGAACAACAAGAUUGGUUCUGCUGCCAAAGCACCACCCACCGUGGUUGACUUGAGCAAAUCAACCUCAGCCACCGUGGAUUCUUCGGAUGAAUCUUUCGAGGAGUCAACAGUGAAGCCAGCAAUCGCAUCUGACAGUUCUGUUUCGAGCAAGAGCUCCGUUUCAAGCAAGAGCUCCGAUUCCAUGAGCAGCAAGUCAACCAAGUCUAGUUCAUCCAAGUCGAGUUCGUCCGAGUCAAAAUCGUCUGAUUCCAUCAACCAGAAGGACAACUCCUUUGAUUCAUCCGUUGCCGAGCAUUCGACCCAUUCUGACUUUGAGAUUUACGGUGGCAAGGGAAUGACACAAGAGGAACAAGACGUCUUGGAAGUUAAGAAGAUUGUCGAAGCUUUCAACCAAGACAAGCCCGAUGUCAAGGAUGGUUUGAAAUGCAUGGGUUCUUCCGAUGACGAUUCGGAUUCCGAAAAGAAACGUCCUGCACCCAAGAAGGAGACCAAGAAAGCAACCAAGAAGGAGACCAAAAAAGAGAUCAAGAAGGUUAGUGUCAAGAAGGAAGGCGUCAAGAAGGCCGCUCCCAAGAAGGCCGCUCUCAAGAAAACUGAAGCCACCAAGAAAGCUACUCCUGCGGCCACAGGAGCAGCCGCUCGUCGCUCUGGACGCCGUGCCAGGCCCAACGCCAAAUACGCCAACUAA